AUAAGCUUUUCAAUUGAUAGUACAAAAAGUUAAAAAAUAAUUGAAGAUGUGUUAAAACAAUUAUAAUGGCUACUGAGUCCCAUAUCUCAUUAAUUGACUUGACAAAACAAUUAAAAUUUGAAAUCGAUGAUGAUAUUAAGAAAAAACUAUGUUUUGCCGAAACUCUUGUAAUAAGUUGUGGACAUUGCGAGGGGGAUCUUCAAGAUUCAGAUUCAGAUUCAGAUUGGACUUGUGAUGAAUCCUCAGAGAGUAAAAUAUCAGACAAAAGUAAAGACGUAGUAGUCGAUAAGUUAUUUGAUAAGUUCGAGGAAGUCCCAAAAAAGGAAUCAGUUGUUGAAGAGCAAGAAGACUUUCAUUUUUAUUUUUUUCCGGAUUGUUCAAAACCGAUUCCUCCAAGUCAUAGCAAAGCCAGUCUUAUUGUAGAAGACGGAUUCCCCAAAAUUAAUACAGGUUUGAAAAAACCAGAGGUAUGUACCUGUAAGGUAGAUAAAAGCGGCAAGUGUCCAUGUUUUUUAAAAGUACCAUGUAAAUGUGGUGCUAAAAUGAAACAUGAAUGUACCUGUCGUGACGCUAAAAAUAUUUGCAUUUGUGAGGAAGGAAAACCUCGAUUAGUAUGUGUAUGUAAACCAAGCAAAGUUUGUUUAUGCCAUCCAGAUCAUAAACCAAUGCCUGUUUGCAAGUGUGCUGAUAUAGAUAAACCUUGUAUAUGCCAAGCUGGUAAGUACCCAAAGCCGAUCUGUGUGUGUGAAGGUAAGCCAGUUCAUCCUACGGAUUUUGAAGUAUUUAAGUAUGAAGAACAUGGUGAAGAAUGCCUUUCAGAAGAAACAAAGGCAAAUACUGUAAAAUCAGAGCCAAUAAAGGAGCCUUGUACAUGCCAGAAAUUACCACCUGAACCUGUAUGUCUCUGCGUAAAAGGAAAAGAAUGUACGUGUGAGAAAGAUCCAUGUAUUUGCGGUGUUUUACCUACUUGUAUAUGUGUACCAAAUGAAGAUGAAGAACUUAUCUGUGCGGACGAUGAGUCAAAAACUGUGUGUAGUUGCCCCAAAGAGAAAGAAUGCACAUGUUAUUCAAAAUCACCCGAAGACUGUGAUUGCUUUCCUAAACCACAAGUUUGCACUUGUGGUAAUCCGGAGCAAUGUAUUUGUUUCACUACUUGUGAGUGCGUUGAUCCCUGCCUUUGUGAUAUUGUACAAAAAAAUAAAGACCUUUGUACUUGUGAAGAAAAUACGACGAAAAUAGCAGGGGGUCUAGUCUGCACCUGCCCUCAAAAGAAUGAUCAUAAUAAAAGGUUAAAAAAAGUGCGAGCUGGAAAACAUGGAUAUAGGUGGUGUAAUGACGUUGAUCCAAAACAUACAUUUUUCGGAUAUGCGUACGAAAGGCACGAUAAAAUAUCUGGUAGGGAACCGGAGAUAGAAAAAACUAAAAUAUUAGGUUUACAUGAUACACCAAGCCAGAAAGAAGAUGUGUGUGCAAUUCAUGGGCCAAUAGCGUCUUCAUUCAAAAAAAGAGUUAAAAAACCGAGUCUGGAUUGUUGUAGUGCUGUUGGAGGUAUUAGCAUCAGUGUAGAAGCUUUGGGAGAAGACAAAGACAAAUUUCUUGUUCAAAUAGUGUCUCAUAGUGGAAAAGAAGGAGCUAAAACUGGUUCGAAACUAGUUGGUAUAUUGGACUGCAGCCUCCAUACGUUAGAAGAAAAUCGAUGCGAACACAUAACUAAGAAAGAUCUGACGAAAGAGCAACGAAGCUAUAUGGCCAUAUGUGAGGACGGCUAUUAUAAUAAAGUAACACGCAUUUGUGGUGAUAGACAUUUUGUGAAAAGAAUCUACCAUUCAUUCGAUGUCGCCCAAAACUUCUUACUUGAAGGAGCUAAUGUUGUGCUACUGCGUUACUUUGCGAUAAACAGAUACGCUGGCCAUGUAAAAACAAAAACAGUCCUAUUAGAUGGGACUAUUUGCGAAAGUAUAUAUAUAUCAAAAGGAGUCAGUCAAGCAAUAGUAAAUGGAAAGCCCUUAUUCGUUGUUAAAGUAGAACGACACAUUAUAGACCCGUCAGGAUUUAUUAACCAAUCGCUCUCUGUUCUCACAUUUCGAGGGUACAUGGUGAGUCACGAGUGGGCAGACAGUUCUUACAUUUUCCACAUAAAUCCAUUGCUUCGAGUUAUCCCAGAAAAGGAUGAGAUCGAGUCUCACGAACCACUACGAGAAAAAUGGCGUAGUGACUUGCAGCUCCUAUCAGAUUAUUUGGACUUCAAGAGCAAGCGGUCAUCAGAAGGUGCUAAGUACGUGUCUGAAACAAGCGAACUGACGGGUGUAAUUAAAGAUUAUCUUCAAGCACUACUCCUGAUAAAACCACACGAUGCUCUUCAUUUCACACGACACUAUUUCGGUUCAGCGCUAUCCGCUCUUGAUCUACCUCACGACGAAUACUUUGAUCCUUGCACCAAACAUGUCAGAUAUUACUUUUUUGAAGAGUAAUAUAAACCCCGUUCGUUCUAAUGUUUCCUGAUGGAUAUUGCCCAUUAAAAUUUAUAUUUUAGGAAUUGGUAUUAUAGUAAAAAUAGUCUGGUUUUUAAAUGAGUUUGGCAAUUCUAACGAUUGAUUUCAGGUAUAAAUUCAUUUUGUUUUUUUGCAUACAUAUUAACGUCGUACUAUAAUCUGAAGUUUUGAUUAAAAUGUAAAGGGUAUUAAUAAGAAUUUUUCGGCUACCCUCACAACAAGCUUGUGAAUAUUAAUCAGAACUCAGAUGCCUUUCCAUUAAAAGCUUAAUAUAGAAAUGCAGACAUGUCUGGAAAGUAGCGGCUAUCUUGAAAUCCUUCAAAAACUAAACAUAUAUUUUUGUUUUUCAAUAAAAUCGUAUAAUCCUCUUUCAAGUUAAAAUUCCAUUGCAAAUAGUCCGGCUUGUAAUUUUUGGAUGUACAAUUUUAUUUUUAACGAAAAUUACAAAUUGUCCAUAACAUAUUUUUUCCAAAAAAUAUGUAGUCCGCAUUUUUGAAUUACGGUAUAAUAGUAGAGCUAUGCAUCGGAAAAAAAUUCAGAUUUGUUAAACAUUUAUCCAAAAAUGUUCAAUAUUUUAUUGCUCAUUUGAACUAUCACUGUAAAACUUUUUCAUUUUUUUUAUGAAUGGAAAUAAACAGGUUUGAAACAGUUUACAGCAUACCGUGCAUGGACGUCAAACAAUUAAGCAAGUAUCGUUUAUUUGCUUUAUUGAAUUUUAACUAUUUCAAAUAAAAUUUCACUAUGGAUUUUUUAUGGAACUUCUUAGUUUGAUACCUUUUUAUAAUUUUGCAAAUAAAUAUUGUAUUUUUAUUUC